CACUGGUCUCGAUUCAGCGUAUGCACCGGGACAGGCAACACCCUCAACCCCAUUCUUCGCGUCAGGAUUUUAUCCCCUGUAUCUGUCUCACCUCCAGCCUGCUGUUAAUUGCCUCAGGUGUUCCCACUCUGCCUGACGAUCCUCUGCCACGCCUGCAAGGAAAGCAGCCACAGGCAGACAGGGUCGUCACAGUUCUAUCUAAAAGGAUGACCGCUUCCCGGGUGAAAGAUGACUCUCCAGCUGUUGGGCGACUCUGCGAGUGAUUCUGUUGAGAUGCAGGACGUUUCCCAGCAGACCCAGUGACUUCCACCACCGCCUAAGUCUCCUGCCGAAUGUGGAAAGCCUAGGAUGGAAGUUCCAGCAAGUGCUGCUCUGAGGCACUGCAACAACACGCUCAACCUCCACAACCAUCUCACUUCCUCUCUCACGUACACAAGCACAACCAGCCGCUUCACCGCCAUCACCAACCAGACGGGGACCGGCGCCACUGGGUGACAAGAUUCCAGAAUGUUUGUGAAUUUCCGCCGGAUACGAAAAUGCCACUUUGUGCAGCUGAUGACCACAUGCCUGGUGCUGUCAGUGGUGAUGGUUUGCUGGGAGCAGCUGGACAACCACGUGAUCGGCCACGUCAAGUCCUACUCCUACCGCUACCUUGUCAACCGCUUCACCUACAUCAACAAGAGCUUCACCGUCUCACGUGAGCAGGCCAGAAGCUUCAGCAGCUUCCGCUACCUGCUGGACCACUCGGAUAAGUGUGUCGACAAAGACAUCCUCCUCCUCCUCUUUGUCAAAUCAUCCCCGGAGAACAUUGAGAGGCGAAAUGCCAUCAGAUCCACCUGGGGCAAUGAGAGCUACAUCCAAAACGCCCUGGGAGUGACGGUGAAGGUGGUGUUCGCCUUAGGAACACUGCCGGCCAAGAAGGUGGGGCCCUCGUGUAGCACGGGGAGCAGGGUUGGUUUUCAGGAGCAGCUCCUCCGCGAGGACCGUCUCAGUGGCGAUUUGAUCCAACAAGACUUUUUAGACUCCUUCCACAACCUGACCCUGAAGCUGAUCCUGCAGUUCCACUGGAUGCACAGCCGCUGCGCACAUGCUCGCUUCCUCAUGACGGCUGACGACGACAUCUUCAUCCACAUGCCCAACCUGGUGAGCUACCUGCAGGACAUGAGCAGCAGGGGCGUCACAGACCUUUGGGUUGGUCGAGUGCACAGAGGGGCACCGCCGAUCCGCAGCAAAGACAGCAAGUACUAUGUGCCCUUUAAGAUGUACCAGUGGUUGUCGUACCCUGACUACACAGCUGGAGCAGGGUAUGUUGUCUCCAGGGACGUAGCUGACAAAAUCUACCAAGCCACGCUGACCCUGAACGCCUCUCUUUACAUAGACGAUGUGUUCAUGGGCAUCUGCGCCAACGCUGUUGGUGUGUCUCCGCAGGACCACGUCUAUUUCUCAGGUGAGGGCAAAGCACCCUACCACACGUGUAUCUAUGACCAGAUGAUGACCUCACAUGGUCACGUGGAGGAUAUCUAUGACCUGUGGAAGGCAGCGACCCACCCGCAGGUGAAGCAGAAGACCACUGGGCUCAUAGGGAGGCUGUACUGCACAGCCGUGAAAAUGUCUCUCCUUUGUAAACCCUACCAUUUGAACACCUACCCUUGCAAAGCAGCCUUUUUUUAGUAUUACGUCAGGUUUGCGUGUGUGGGUCAGUAUGUGACAGCGAGAGAGAGUGUGUCACAGGUUAAAAUGAAUGGAGGAUCGUCGCUGCAAAUAUUACCUCAGUCCUUUCAGUCGGACACCGAUGUCAAAACACUGGAGCGGGUGUUCUGUGUUUCCAGAAGGCAAAAAGAGAUCAAGUUCAUGCUUGACACUGCUAGUAUUAGAUCAGCAACAAGCUAGUUUUGGUGGUUUAGAAAUGUAAUAAGGCUGGCUUUGCAUUGGUGACAGAAUGUGUUAAAAUAGUUCCUAAACUGAUGCUGUUUACAUGUAGUCCCAAACCCCCUGUUCUCACAAAUGAGAUUUUAAUUGGUUUUCCGUCUCAGCCGGUUGAUUAUAAGCCUGAUCUUGGGUUUUAUUUCCACUGCUGCGACACACAUGCACGUUGCACAACUUUGUAACACUCCAAAAACAGGAUGCUUCUCUUACUGACAUGUAUCAAUGUCAUUACUUUAAAAGUAAAAUGCAGAAGUAACAUAUCUGCUUGUUCCAGAAGCACAAUGAUGAUAUGCAGUGAUAUGUCAGUCAGUGAUGUGGCAAAUCUAAAAAUGUCUCCAUGUCACGAAGUGUAAAAUUCCUCACAUUGAAGUCGAAUAGAUGCGUCAGUGAGAAGACUUUAGAAACGGUUCGUGUGCUGAAAAUAAUAAUGAUGUAAUGAUGAGCAAAAACACGAUGGCUCUUAAUUGAACAUUUUCUUGUUAUAAGAUCUUUUUUUGUAAUUCGAUUUGUGAAAAGGCUUUUUUUAUGAAAU